GGGAGAAGGCAAUAAGACGCCGACAACUUCCCCAUCACACACAUCUCUUAAAAAGUCUGCAUAAUUUUUUCCUACCCACUCUCCGAUUGUGCACACUAGACGUGGCGUGCACCGUGCAAGGAAUCACACCUUGCCUGUUUCUGGAAAACAUUGUUAUCAGGCAGAAUCAUUUACAACUAAUGCGGGGAGCGCGGCUUUGAUCUGAGGAGCCUUUUGUUGCUGUCCUGUUCCAGCAUCCGACCAGCAGCAGCGCAGCGGAUCCACCUCCUAUCAGCGCCGUAAUCCAGUUACUCCAAGGCGGCCAGCGAGCAUCUCGCAGGGGGGUAGACCUCUGGCUCCCUCCGGGUAUUUAAGCCACGACCACCCCGACAGCGGGCGCUUUCUGCCGAACACUUGGACAUGAGAGGACCGGAGAGCGCUUGGCCAGCUUCAAACCUGCAAUUUCCACUAAAGACUGGGAUUUUUGGGGGUACGGGGGGAGGGGGUUCCUACAAUGGAAUGUGAAUUUCACAAUGCCCCACUACCCCGAAACACUGGUGUGAGCCAGCAGUUAGUUGCGUAGUCUUUGCGUUGGUUUGUCCAUUUAUUUAUGUCCCACGAGUAGCAUUCUAAACACUUUUUUCCGCGUUUGGGAACCAGAGGCUUUCUCCACUUGUGGUUGGAGCUGAAAGUGCAAAACGAAAAGAGAGAGAAAACGAGAAGGAGAAAGAGAGGAAAGACAUACGAACAGAGAGCACCAGAAGAAAGUGAAGGAUUAUGGCUCUGGCGACACUGUGCCUGUGUCUGUGCCUGUUCACGUUGACCUGCGCAAACUUCCCCGGGGUGACAGGGAGCCGACACACGGUCCACUGGAACAGCAGCAACAUCCAUUUGCGCCGGGAGGGCUACACGGUGGAGGUGAACGUGAACGACUACCUGGACAUCUACUGCCCGCACUACAACACCAGCCAGCGGGGCCCCACCGAGCAGUACGUGCUCUACAUGGUGAGCUACCGCGGCUACCGCUCCUGCGACCCGCAGAUGGGCUUCAAGCGCUGGGAGUGCAACCGGCCGCACGCUCCGCACGCGCCCAUCAAGUUCUCCGAGAAGUUCCAGCGCUACAGCGCCUUCUCGCUGGGCUACGAAUUCCACGUGGGCCACGAGUACUACUACAUCUCCACCCCUACACACCACCACGGCCGCAGCUGCCUAAGACUGAAGGUCUACGUCUGCUGCUCUACAGCCUCCCAUGUGGAGGAUGACCCCCUUCAGCCCACCGAGGAGCCGGACUUCACACUCAGACCCAGCAUCAAAAUACAGGACCUAGAUGACUACAACCCGGAGGUCCCCAAGCUGGAGAAGAGCGUGAGCGGCAGCAGCCCAUCGAAGGACCAGCUGAUCAUCACCGUGGCAACGCUCUUCUUCGCCGCCUUAUCCGUCUCCUAGCACCCGCCUCAUGGGCGGGGUCACACCACCCAAGCCCCACCCCCCUACCCCGAAAACACCAUCCUGGGGAACCCGGAACUCCCCAGAGGUGGCCGGGUGGAGUCUGGGGGACCGCCGAGAGAACGAGAGAAGAAAGAGAAUAAGAGAAAAGAGUGAAAAGAUGAUGGCGAUGAAAUUAAAGACUCCAGUGAAUGAAUGAAUGAUUGAGUGAAAGAGCGAGUGAAUACUGAUCAGGACAAGAGAUCAGAUGAACGUCUGGACAACAACAACAAAAAAAAGGAAGAACGGAGAAAUCAGUGAGUGUGGACAUAAUGAACGAGUGAAUGAGGUGGACAACAAUGAAAGAGAGAUUUUUUUCUUGGAGGACAACAGAUGACAGGAGUGGACACUGUGGAGACAGAGGUGGAUGUGAAGGAGGACAUCAAGGACUAUGACUGUGGACGGACAUGACAUGACCCCUGUAGUGCUCCUAUACACAGUCAAAAAUGCAGUGUUGACUCAACGCUUAGAGAGUCAAUUUAACAUCCAGAGUACUCUCUAAGUGUUGACUUAACACUACAUGUUUUAUUGUGUAGGCUUAGUAGCAGCAGUAUGGACAGUCUUGCUGGACUCGCACGCCUUUAACUUGCUCAGUGUGUGAUGCAUUAGAUGCCUUUAUCUGUGCCCGUGAGAGAGUCGUGUGUGUGUGUACGGCAUGCGUGCGUGCG